AUGGAACUACACGAGAGUCCGGUGUCGGUGGUGGGGGCAAGAGGUGGAUCAUCCGAUACACUCACAAAGGACGAAGUACGUCCCACAGCCGUCACAAAUGUCGGUGGGCAAGGAGAAGAGGCCCUGAAGGACGUUGUGUGCGGGUCAGCCGCCGGUAUCGUCGGUAAAUACAUCGAGUACCCGUUCGACACCGUCAAGGUCCGCUUGCAGUCCCAACCAGACACGCUGCCACUGCGAUACAAUGGGCCACUUGACUGCUUCAAGCAGUCGCUGCAGCGGGAUGGGUUCCUCGGCAUAUACAGAGGCAUAAGCGCACCUUUAGUGGGGGCUGCUGUCGAGACGAGCACUUUGUUCUUCAGCUAUCGUGUCGCUGGAGAUGCCUUGAAAGCUUCUGGUGUCUACCCAGAACUGAAGAUGAAUCCCGAGCAAGAUCUCCCUUAUACAGCUAUGCUCGGUUGUGGCAUGGUUGCAGGAGCCAUCACCUCACUCUUCCUCACACCGAUCGAGCUUGUCAAGUGCAAAGUGCAGGUCCCUGCGGAGACAUCCAGCGGCAUUGUUGCUCGCCCGACCGUCCUGAGUAGUAUUGUCUCGGUGUACCAUCACCAGGGCAUCUUGGGCUAUUGGCACGGUCAGCUCGGAACCUUCAUUCGAGAGACUGGGGGCGGCGCAGCGUGGUUCGGUGGCUAUGAAGGCAUGAAGAUUCUGUUCAAGAAAGCAAACGAAUCCAACACCGAGGACCUACCCAUCUGGCAGCGCAUGACAGCCGGAUCUGUCGCUGGUGCAGCGUACAACUUCGCAUUCUACCCUGCGGAUACGAUCAAAUCGCGCAUGCAGACAGAAGAUGUGGGUAAGCUGACUGGUGGCCGGGCUACGUUUGGCGCUGUUGGCAGAGCACUCUGGAGAGACCACGGCAUCAAGGGCAUGUAUCGUGGAUGUGGUAUCACCGUGGCUCGAUCGAUACCUAGUUCCGCUUUCAUUUUCACGGUAUAUGAGGAGUUGAAGAAGCACUGGCCGGAGAGAUGGGCCGACUAA